GGGGGGAGGCGCAGUUUUAUUUUUAUAUAACCUCACAUCUUGUUCAUUUACAGUCGGUGUCGAGGUUUGAUUUCACAUAGUAUGCCGUAACGCGCCCAAGGUACUCACUUUGAUAAUAGUACUCGCUGGUAGCGCGCUUUUUAUUUGAAUAUAUAGUGCCGGUACGAAUACUUACCUAUUAAGAUUUUUUAAAAUGAUAUAAUAAAUUUAGUGUACAUAUUAUAGUGGUUUUAAUUUUAAUGUAAAGACAUUUUAAAAAGAGUUAACAACCAUGAAUACCAAAACUUUAUCACUAUCGUUGGCUCUAUUGGUCGGAUCACUGUCGUACUGCUAUGCCUGCAGUUGCAUGAGUACCCAUCCGCAAAAUUAUUAUUGUUUUGCUGAUUUUGUUAUCCUGGCACGAGUGAAAAGUUUCCAAAAAUUAGAAACCAUGCAGUCGCUCGUUUAUAAAGUGAGGAUCAAAAAAGAAUUUAAGAUAUCCGAAAAAGGACAGGUGGCUUUGAAAUCCGGCAGGAUACAUACGCCAAUCGACUCGGCUAUGUGCGGAGUAAACAUGAAAGUUGGGACGCUUUACGUAAUAUCAGGACGGAUCGAGAGCUUAAGAGCCCAUACGAUGAUGUGCGACAUGAUCAAAGAAUGGAAAAAUUUAACCAGGAGGCAAAGGAAAGGUCUUAGGCAGAUGUAUAAAAGGGGAUGUUCCUACUGCACCGUCAAACGUUGUUUGGGUUGGGGUGCAGAGAAGUGCGACAAAGGAUCAAAGUUGAAAGAUUUCUGUAAAUGGAACAGUAAUUGUCAAACAAAUGAUGGCAUUUGUCUCCGUCAAGCCAACGGCUCCUGCAAUUGGAACAAAAACAGACAAUUAAACAAUUGCCUAAAGAAUUCAACACUUUCGCAUAAUCGGCUUCAUUGGAUGAAUUACGAUUUUUAAUUUUAGGCGUUAACAUUAAACAUACAUAAAUAGGUAUCAGUAUUAUAAAAUGCCAAAACAUUGAAUUUUUCAAAAAACUUUAUAAAUUAAACAAUAAAUAAUAAUAUUGUAUAACUUAAACCGCAAAUUUUAAUUGAAACGUUGCCAAUAAAUUAUUUAACAUAUUCCAAAAUCCACUGUGUCCAAUAUUGAUAUUUAUUUUACGGAAUAUUUUUGUAUGCAUUUGUAUUGUUGAAUAAUUAUUAAAAACUAAUUUAUUAAUAAAAAUUUGUGUU